UACAUUUCCCGAGAGCCACCAGCUUUGCGACGCAUGCCUAUAAACGAUUUACUGGCCACCUCGUGACCACUCUGAUUUCAAGAAAUAGGGGUGACCUCUUGUUGCUAGAACAGUGGGAGAAUAGUCCAAGUUACCAUACAAAGAUGUCUGCUGAACCUGUUCGUGUUCUGGUGACCGGCGCUGCUGGGCAGAUUGCCUACUCCUUGUUGUUUGGCAUCGCCAAGGGAGAUGUGUUCGGCAAAGAUCAGCCAAUCACCCUGAUCUUGCUGGACAUCACCCCAAUGUUGCCAGUCCUGGAUGGUGUGGUCAUGGAGCUACAGGACUGUGCCCUCCCACUCCUCAGAGAGGUCAUCCCCACGGACAAGGAGGAGGUUGCCUUUAAGGACCUGGACGCUGCUAUCCUGGUAGGCUCCAUGCCCAGGAGAGAGGGUAUGGAGAGGAAGGAUCUGCUCAAGGCUAACGUGGCCAUCUUCAAGAGCCAGGGGGCUGCGCUGGAGAAGUACGCCAAGAAAACUGUCAAGGUGAGAUAAUAGCCAGAGCCCAAC